CACGUUAUGUUCUAUGUGCGUCGCCAUUACGAACCGGAAGUAAACGUUCACACUUUAAUUCCUACUCUGACUUACAUAGUGAGCACCAUGAGCUGUCAAAUAACGUGUGUUGCUUGGGUACAGCGAGGAGUCGCCAAGGAAGUACCUGACAAGGUUGAGCUGAACAAGGAUGAAUUAAACAAACUUAUUACUGAAGCAAAAUAUCAACUGGAAGGAGAUCAUGAUGAUGAAGAUGAAGCUGAACAAAAUGAAGAAGAUGGCCUGGAAAGGGCUCAAGACCCUGUUGUAGAGUCAGAUGAGGCUACUCAAGAAACAGAUGACCAGGAGGAAACCAUUUCAAAAUUGAAGGAUGAUGAACUGGCAGAGUAUGAUUUGGAUAAUUAUGAUGAAGAAGGAAGAACAGAUAUUGUGAAUCUUGGAGACAGUUUAGCUGGACUUGCUGUGUUUGGAAGUAAUGAACAUGAUACAUACAUCACCCUAAAAAACACAGAGCAAUAUGAGGAAGAAGAUUUUGUCAUUAAACCUACAGAUAACCUUCUGGUUUGUGGACGGGCAGAAAAAGACCACUGCAGUCUUGAAAUCCAUGUAUACAACCAUGAAGAGGAUUCUUUCUAUGUACAUCAUGAUAUCCUCCUGCCUGCUUACCCUCUCUGCACCGAGUGGCUGAAUUUCGAUCCAAGCCCUGAAGAAUCUACAGGAAAUUAUGUUGCUGUUGGUAACAUGACCUCAGUAAUUGAUGUGUGGGAUCUUGAUAUGGUAGAUUGUCUAGAGCCUGCCUUUUCUCUUGGAAGCAAACAAAUUAAAAAGAAGAAAAAGAAAGCAAAAAAGGGUGCAUCCUCGGAAGAAACUCAGGAAGGACAUUCUGAUGCAGUUUUAGACAUUUCAUGGAACAAACACAUCCGAAACGUAUUAGCCAGUGCGUCUGCAGACAAUACUGUUAUUCUUUGGGAUAUGACUUUGGGAAAACCUGCUGCCAACCUUACAUUGCACACAGAUAAGGUUCAGACUGUACAGUUCCACCCCUUUGAGCCACAGACACUUGUAUCUGGUUCUUUUGACAAAUCUACCAUACUAUAUGACUGCAGAAGUCCUCAAGAAAACCACAGAAUCUGGAGAUUUAGUGGACAGGUGGAGCGAGUCACUUGGAAUCAUUUUUCUCCAAGGAAUUUUUUAGCAAGCACAGAAGACGGUUUUGUAUACUGUUUAGACGCACGAUCGGACAAACCUAUUUUCACUCUUAAAGCUCAUGAUAAUGAAGUGUCUGGACUUGAUUUAAGUAGCCAAGUAAAAGGCUGUCUUGUGACCUCGUCUGCAGACAAGUAUGUAAAGAUUUGGGACAUCCUGCUUGAUAAACCAAGUUUAAUUCAUUCCAGAGAUAUGAAAAUGGGAGUCCUCUUUUGCUCAGCAUGUUGUCCAGAUUUGCCAUUUGUUUAUGCAUUUGGUGGCCAAAAGGACGGCCUAAGAAUAUGGGAUAUAGGCGAUAUUACAGCCGUGAAAGAGGCUUUUGGAAGCAGAGAGCGUCUGACUGUUACCAACUUAUCUGAUGCAUCAUCAAGCAAUGUUCAAUCAAGCAGCAGCAGUGCAGAUGCAAUGGAAUCUUAGAUUUUGUGAAAUUGUUUUCUUUUUAUAGUGGAUCUCAUACAGAUUGUGUACUGAUGGCAAUGCAAGUAAAACGGAUGCCAAAACCAUAUGAUAAAUCUGCUUGUAUUUACUAUCUCUAAGUAGCUUAAUCUUUGCACUUGUUUCCAAGGUAGUUGUAGAUAUUUGUCAAGAAAUGCAGAGAAAUAAAAACAAGCAAAAUGACAAAUUAAUCAUUUUAAAAUAAAUAUAUAUAUAUAUAUAUAUAUAUAUAUAUUUGGCAUUCAAUUUAUGCAAAAUUAUACAAUUAAUUUGUUUGAUAGUUUAAGUAACACUUAUAAAUGACAGAAAAUGUUAUAAUAUUACCAAGUAUUACACUGCCGCACCUGGCUACUUCAUAAUGCCACACAACUGACAGCAUUUUCUGUGGAGAAUACUUUAAUUGGUGUCAACCAUUAGCCGCAAACCUCAGAUAGAUAAGGCUUGCAGUGUCACCACUUUAUGGUGCAUGCAAUAGAGGUUUUUUUUUAUUAUUAUGAUAUUCAGAGGAUUUGUACAAUAGUGAUCAAACAAGUCAAUAAGGUACAUACUUUUCUCGUAAUACAUACCAGGGACAAAUUUAUACAUAAGCAAAUACAAAGCAAAGAAAAACUAGGAAGUGAUAACAAGAGCAACAUGCAGAUAUGUACAUUCCCUGAUCUCAGCAUUAAUGUUCUUGAUACUCAGGAAAUAAAAUGUCUUGUAAUUUA